AUGGUUGAACGUAGUGUUGAUAGUGAUCUUGAACAGUUUGAGAUAGAAAAUGAGGAAGAUUUUGAUAAAUUGAUUCAGAAGCCCCAGGAUACGAGCAUCGUCUCCAAGAUCACCAAUUCUGAUUUUUUCGGCAAUAAUCUGGGAUUACUGCUAAUAGUCAUAAGCAAAGUUUUCAAUUCAGUCAUGAUAGUGUGCUGUAAACUGCUAGAGAUGGAUCCAACAGUAGACCGUCCAAUUCAUGCUCUUGAAAUCUUAUCCGUCCGAAUGUUUUUGACUUAUAUAUGCUGUUACGCCUAUAUGCACCAUUUCAAGACGCCGGACUAUCCUUUUGGCCCCAAGGAAUGGCGACUUUACGGGGUAAUGCGAGGGGUAUUUGGGUUUUCUGGAGUGUUUGGAAUGUAUUUUUCUUUACAAUACCUCACGGUUCCCGAUGCUGUGGUCAUUACAUUUUUGAUUCCCUCAGUUGUUGGAAUCCUUGCCCGUAUAUUCUUGCACGAACGAUUCACCAAGAUUGAAGCAUGGGGAGCCUUGGUCUCCUUCCUUGGAGUAUUACUAAUUGCAAGACCUCCAUUUCUGUUUGGAGAACGAUCGUCUGAUGAAUCUGAUCAUAACGUCGAAACUAGUGAUCCAGCAAAGAGAAUACUAGCGGUUGCUGCCUCCUUGAUGGGGGUUGUUGGUGCAUCAAGUGUUACAAUUGUUAUAAAACAUAUCGGUAAGAACGUUCAUCCGUUAAUUUUAGUCUCCUAUUUUUCCCUAAUUACAUUUAUCAUUUCUACAGUGUCCAUCAUUUUCACCCCUGGUUUAGGGUUUCACGUUCCACAGACAUUACAUCAAUGGUUUCUUUUCAUACUCAUUGGUAUUUCUGGAUUCUUCAUGCAAUUCCUUCUGACUGAGGGUAUUCAAAGAGAAAGGAAAGCCAGUCGUUCAGCAUUAAUGUUCUACACAGAGAUCGUCUUUGUUAUCUGUUGGGAUUACCUUAUAUGGAAACAUGCGCCCAACACUUUAAGCUGGAUCGGUAUCUCGAUUAUUGUUACAUCUGCUUUGACGGUGGUGCUGGUCAAGGAUAAAGGUUCCGAGGUCCCUGUAGUACAGGAAGAACCAAUAUUUUUAGACGACAUAGACAUACGUAACUGA